GUUGGAGGUGGAGCUAGGUAUGCACCUUCCCUACUUAUUUCCCUGCCUGGGAGCCACCACAGCCUGUGCGUGUCUCUGCCGCUAGCCUGCUCUCCACCUGGCCGCGGGAUGUCUGCCUCGGACAGAGCGGUCGUGGUGCUGGGAGGGGCUGGCACGGUGGGAUCCGGGAUAGUGAAGUCACUGCUGGAGAGAGGUUUCCGAGUCGCUGUCGUCUCCCGCGAUGGAAGCAGGCUGGAGAAACUGAAAAGCUUUGUGCCAGCGCCGACCCGUGACCGUCUGCACACGCUCAUCGGGGACGUGGGGUCCGAGGAGGGAGCGGAAGCCGCCAAGGAAGCCCUGCUGAAGAGCGUUGGCAAGGUCACGGACGUGGUGUCGUCGCUGGGCUUCAGCUGGUGGCAAGGAGGGCCCCCCCACACUCAGACGCUGCAGGAGCUUCACCGGGUCCUGGAAACGCUGCUGCUGAGCACCUUUACAUCCUGGAAAGCAUUCUUCCCUCUGGUCCAGGAGAACCCCAGCGGCUCCUACACCUUCAUCACAGGAGGGGCCGGUGAGCGUCUCCUCAUGCCAGGCACAGGGUUCCUGACGCUGGGGGCUGCGGGCGCACUGGCCUUCUGCCAGGUGGUCCGGGAGGAGUACCCAGACGUGCCCUGCAAGCUGAACGAGGUGAAGAUUGACAUGGGGGUGGCGACCCCGGAGCGUUUGCGCCCCGGCUACGUGAGUCACCUGGAGGUGGGCGAGGCAGUGGCCUCCCUGGUGGAGAAGGGGAGCGUUUCCCACGCCGUGCUGUGCGCCCGCUCGCCAGCCGACCUGAAGACCCUGACCCUAGAAGGGAAGAUCUGAGGCCUUUGCAAAGCCCUCUCGAGCUGUGUCCACUUCUGGUCCCCCUGCUCCCUUGUACAGGGCUUCUGGGUACAUCUGCCCCAUGCUCCGGUCCCCGGCCAGGAUGGGACUUGACUCUGAGCGGCAGCUGCCUUGCCAGCCCUGGAGCCGCCGGCACGGACAGCACCGCGUCAUUCUGUGCUCUUGCUCACCGCCUAGCGAGAGCAGCUGAUGCCUCCUUUCCCUGCUGGGGAGCCAGGACCCUCUCCUCUCUAAGCCCCAUUCUCUCCUCCCUGGCCCAGCGGCAAAGGGGAGGAACGAGCAGUUGCUCUGGCUGGCACCUCUGCUCCCAAGCCCUGGCAGGAAUUCAGGCUGGGGCAGCAGGCAGUUCUGUGAGGAGCAGCCGUGGCCCUAGCGGAGGGGGGAGCCAGCCCCAAGCACCCUGCUCGCCCUGGGGUCCCCAGCAGCCAUAGGGCAAGCCCCACAUUUCAGCUCCUUCUCCAGCCAGUUGCCUGGUGAGUCGUGCCCAGCUGGGCAGGUCCAUCCUUCCAGCCAGCGAGCGGCCUGCCCUCCCCAGCCUGCCCUACGUCCCCUCCACCUCUCAGAGGCUGCGAUGUUAUCAGGCCCCUUCCACGCUGCUCUCUCCUCCGCACGCCUCUCCCAGCUAUUGCAAACCAGCGGCGGGCCCCUUGCUCAGUGUCCCAUCCCUACAGCAGGGGAGCUCAGGGUGCGCGCGAGCCGUGCAGCCCUGGGCCCCGGACCCUGUUGUUGGUUUCUCCAUCACAGCGAAGCUCUGAGAAGUCACAUGCUCCAGUUGGCACCAGGCACCUUGUCUGCCUACCUCCGCCUGGCGCUGUGCUCCCCGUAGAUGUCUCGUGGUCCUGCAUGUUUGAAUAAACAUUAUUUGUACCAACACCGUCCCGUG